AGACUUGAAUAAAACUCGUCUUCUACUCUUGAUUAAGGCCAUUGCCCUUUUUAAUGCAAAUCAACAUGACGAGGCAAUCCUGCGUGUCCAAGACCUAGCUACCACUCGUCCCAAUCCGAAUUCUCUUGCUUGUAGUAUUGUGGAAGUGAGCGCUCCUGACAGUUAACUGCAUAUUCAUGCGUCGAUAAUGAUUUUGCGAACCUUGCACGUCAGGCUUAUCUACACGUCCAAGUGGGAAUGAAUGCAUUAGCCGAUGCACGUCACAAUGAAGCUGCUGGCCACUUCACUGCUGCUAUCAACACUAUCAAUUUCUCAUCUAUGGCGGCCAUCCAUUCUAAGUAUGAUAUCUUUGUGGUGUUAUUCGGGUGGGACCUCAAGUCCUUGUGGCGAACUGCACACCAGAAUGGGUGUCACGCGCUCCUUCGGGCAGGUAGACUUUCAGAAGCCAUUAAAGCAUACCGAUACAUGAUGGAUAUGGCUGAUGAGGCCACGAAAGCAUACUGCCUUGAUUGGUCCACAGCUUUCAAGGAAGAUUGUCGUUUGCUCCAUGCUUCCGCCGGAGUGACUGAUCUCGCUGCGGGCGGAGAUGAUGCCCUCGCUGCAGGUAAUUAUGACAGGGCUAUCGAGCUUUACUCUGCGGCAAUCGACGUCUAUUUGACAACCGAUACCAUCUUUGCGAACCGCAGUCAGGCGAGGUCGGGAAAAAUGCUAUGGGACGACGCACUCCUUGAUGCGGAAAUGGUCAUCAAACUCAACCCCUCAUCUUACAUUGGAUAUCAGUUGAAACAUACAGCACUUCAUGGCGCCCGUCGAUACGAUGAAGCCAUCGAAGCCUUCAAAGUUAUGCUCUCCAAGUUGGAAAAUGCUCCCGACAUGGAAACAAAAAACUUGCACCAACAGUAUGUUGGUCUAUCCGAAGCAGAAGAAGCUAUUCAAAAGGCCAUCAAGGCUCAACUCGACGACGCCCCACAUCGUCUAAUCAAUACCUCCACUGGACGCUUAUGUAAUCGCGAGGUUCAGAUCAAUGCCUUCAAAACGAGCACAGAGUAUAAGGAACUUUUGUCAUCCACAGUGAAGGACCUUCGAACGGAGCGCAUCCAACAUGCGGUGGCGAUGUACUUCCGUUAUGUCAUGCUAUCGCACAGGUGGGAAGGGACGGAGCCGUUGCUGCAUGACAUCCAGGGCAAGGUGAUAUACGAGUUGGACCCAGUUAGCGGCUUCGCGAAAUUGCAGUCAUUCUGUAAAACUGCUCGUGAUAAAGGGUAUUGCUGGGCAUGGAUUGAUACGUGUUGCAUCGACCAGACCAACAACGUCGAGGUCCAACAAUCGGUUAACUCCAUGUUUAUCUGGUAUCGCCACUCAGCGCUUACCAUCAUCUACCUGUCGGAUGUUCCACCUUCAUCGCAGCCUGGCGCACUCGCAAGUAGCGCUUGGAACAUGCGAGGAUGGACAGUCCAAGAAUUCCUCGCCCCAAAAUUUGUCCUAUUUUAUCAGAAGAACUGGUCUCCAUAUCUCGAUGAUCGCUCUCCAAACCACAAGGAUUCCCUUGCAAUCAUGCAGGAGAUGGGAGAUGCAACGGGCAUAGAUGCACAGGCCCUUAGCGCCUUCCGUCCGGGGAUGAGAGACGCCCGGGAGAAACUUCAAUGGGUCUCGGCCCGUGUCACCACGCUGCCGGAAGAUAUCGCAUACUCAUUGUUUGGUAUCUUCGGCAUCAACCUGCCUGUUAUUUAUGGCGAGAAGAAGCAGAAUGCGCUCGGGAGGCUCUUGCAGGAGGUCGUAUCUCAGUCGGGUGACAUCAGUGCCCUGGACUGGGUGGGUCAAUCAUCCGAAUUCAACAGCUGUAUCCCGGCCGACGUUACUUCAUACAAAGCUCCACCAUACACCGUGCCAUCUUUGUCCGAAGGUGACAUUCAGAUGUCAAUUUCCUCGCUCCGACAUAUCAUGGCUGUAAAUUUGGCUCUGGACCUUUAUAGCCUGCUUGACGACCGGGACCCUCCUCGUUUUGCAAACUGCAGACUACAUCUGCCUUGCAUAGUAUUUCCUGUCAUAGAAGUCAUACGGAGACCUACUGAAGGCACGGAGACCUGCUUCACGUAUGAAGUCAAGGCAGACGGGCUUCGUGACCUGGAGAUCACCACGAAGCGCAAGUUACCUCAGUUCUCACAAGGAAGACCCGCUCGACAGUCAUUCUUACUCGUCCGUCCCUGGGAUCGUCGUCUACUCGAGCUGCCUGACUAUGCAGACGAUACAGAGUGUGUGGAUGAUUUUGAUCCUCUUGAGUCGCCUGGAGGACAGGGCCCGGUUGAUUCAGAAUUCAGCGAACGUGCAAUGCGAUUGAUCGUUCGCCUUGGGCAGCCGUUCAGCGCAUUCCUGCUAGUGCUACGACAUGGCAAAGAAUACAAGAGAAUCGCAUCAGAUCAUAAUAUCAUUGCACAAGUUAAAGAUGUGCACGGUAUGAUAAAUGUUAAGACAAUAGAGAUAUUGUAACUGCAAAAACAAUGUAGACACUUGGUCGAUAUACAUGGCACAUAAUUUUAUUAUUGCAGUCGCUAUAGUAAUAGCGGUCCUGCAGAAGGCACUGCCGUAUUUAGUAAUUUUUGCUUGAUGUUUGAACGCG